AUGUCGGGGCGAUGGUAUACGAGAAGAAAGAUCUUGAGGUCUGGAGUUGCUUUGACGAUGCUCACCACAGUCAUGAUUGUGAGCCUCAUACACUCUCACGGACUCGGAGGCAGGACUGGUGGUAUGAAAAACCAUGACAAGAUCGGGCGAAGAACUGGUGGUAAGGACACUGUGGUGGAUGCAUCACGGAAUAGCAUCCAUGUCAGGCGAGGGGGUCGAGGGCGUGGUAGGGGUGGGGUCGUGAUGGGGAUGCAACGGAAGCUGGAACAACAAGAGAGUCUGUCCUACUAUUUGGGCGGUGAUGCUGGUGAGAGGGGGGAAAUCUUCCCCCCUCUGAUGGGCAUGGAUUACUCGAACUCCGAAGAAAGGAGAAGGACGCUGAAGAGUGAUGCGGAGAGGGCGCUCUCCUUGAGACAGCAAGACGACGAUGGAGACGGUUUCCCAGGUUACUACGAUGUGAUGGACAUGAGGGAGCUGGAAGAGAGGAUGGAGAAGAAGAGGGAGAGAGUCCGGAAGAGAAAGAAACAAACUGUCCGCGUGGUGCCACAAGGUCAUGGCGCUGACAUCAUUAAGAAGAUGAAACAAGAGAAUGCGCAACCAAAGAAUGCCAAAGAUGGAGGAGGAGGAGGGGGAGAAGGAGGUGGGAGGAGGAGGGGGGAGGAGGAGGUGGGAGGAGGAGGAGUAGGUGGGAGGAGUAGGUGGGAGGAGGAGGGGGAGGAGGAGGAGGAGGGGGAGGAGGAGGUCGGAGGAGGGGACGGAGGGGGAGGAGGAUGGUCCUUCCCGGCGACGUUCUUCCGUCAGACUAUACGCGUAAAUAUUCUUGAACACGAGUAG